CUGAAAGUUAGAUGUGCUUAUGGUUGUUUAUUUGCCAUCUCUAACAUUAUUUUGUGACUCCCUUUGGACCAAGAAAAUGUGUGGAGCUGUUGUGCUUUUCGUCUUCAUGUGCUUAACUGCCACCACCCAUGCAGAUCACCAUCAACCUUGUCAUUCACCCAAUAUGACAGGAUUAAUGAAUGUGAUGUCCCUAAAGGGUGACAAAAUAGCACAAGGUACAUUCGCCUAUGAUUCAAUGGGCAAGAAACUACGGUUCAGAUCGAACGAGAGCUACCCAACGAACACUUCACUAGGUUUGGAUCUGCUGAUGCUCUUUGAAGAGGGGAUUUUCUAUGAGAUUGACAGCAAAAACCAGAGCUGUGAGAAAAAAAAACUGCAAAUGCUCCUGCACCCACUAGAUAUUCCUGAUGACAGCAGGUUUUACACCACGAUGACCGCUGGGAGUGCAUCCAUUGAAGGGGAGGGGUUAAAAAUCAACAUAUGGACAGGUUCAAUCCCACACAUGAAAGGCCACUACUCCAUGUCUGUUACCAUGGGAUGUUUGCCUGUGAGCACUUUUUACUUCACUGAGACCACAACAUUGCUUUUCAGCAACAUGGAAGUUGAACUUGAGAUCAAGGACCCACAUCUUCUUGUGGUUCCCCCCUUUUGCCAUGGGGAACCUGUGGAAGACACACCUGAGGGGACAGUAAACAGUUUUCUCAAUGAGUUCAUGUAGAUCAAACCUUUCCAGCAGAAAAAAUCAAACCCUUUUCCAAGCACAGUUUGCUUGAACUAUUGACUUUUCUCUCUUUUCACCUGACUUCAGUUUUUCUUUUGAAGCUGCAUCACAUCUGUUUCCACCACAUCUUCGACACCCUCAUGAAGAAAUCGCUCUAAAUACAUACUGUAUACAUGCAUUUUUGACAAAAAAGAAAAAGAGGUGACAUGGAUUAUAGAAUUAGACACAAUUACUACUAUAGUUGAUGGUGCAGCUUACAAAACUUGUAAGAUGGAGCAAUAAAAUGUCAAAGCUG